AUGGCGGACGAUGGCAUGCUCAUGAAUUUUGAACUGGGAAGCGGUCCCAUCAAGCCUCAGGUCAAAUUCAAGGGCGGUCGCUGGCGAGACAGAAAGCAGGCCGAACGAGGCGUCCGAGGUCCUGGUCCAGAAGGUGGCCCGCCCACGCGCCCUCCUCCAAGAGAGCGCUUCGACGACUCCAAUCGACCCUUUAAGCGUCGCAGAGCAGACACAGACGACAAUUUCGGCGACGACUACCGGCCGAGAACGCGACCCAGCCAUAUCAAAAUCGAUCACGGCGGCGACGGCAGCAGGCCUCCUUUUGACAAUCGCAGGCAUGGGCACGGCGCCGGCGGCAAGAGCACAAAACAGGUAGUCUCGAGUAUCUUCAGCUUCAACCCCGAUCAAAAAACAGUCUUUGAGGACGACGAAUGGACGGCUCCGACGCCUACCAAUGCGCCGCUGGCCGACGUGGCCAACUUUGGCACUCUCACACUCUCCUCCCGACUGGUUGACGAGCUCGGCAAGAUGAACCUGGAACGACCAACUGCUAUUCAGCAAAAAGUGAUCCCUCAUUUGAUUACCGGCGGCGCCGACGCGUUUGUGCAGGCCGAGACUGGUUCCGGUAAAACAUUCUCAUACCUACUGCCAAUCCUUCACCGCGUGCUCCAGCUCAGCGCGCAAAACGACGGCAAGCAGGUUCAUCGCGACUCUGGCCUCUUUGCCAUCAUGGUCGCGCCGACUCGAGAACUGGCCAAGCAGACACACACCGUCCUUGAGCAGCUCAUUAGGCCUUUUCCAUGGCUCGUCUCGACGGCCAUUACCGGCGGCGAGUCCAAAAAGGCAGAAAAGUCGCGCAUUCGCAAGGGCGUCAAUUUCUUGGUUGCCACGCCGGGCAGAUUGGCUGAUCACAUCGACAACACAGAGGCAUUGAAAUUAGGCACCGUGCGAUGGCUCAUUCUUGACGAAGGCGAUCGAUUGAUGGACCUCGGAUUCGAGGACGACUUGGAAAAGACCAUUGGCGCUCUCCGUAAAAUUGAGAUAUCCAAGGAGACGACCAACGGAGUACCACUGGGCUCGCUCCCUGAUCGCCGCGUCACUGUUCUGUGCUCGGCCACCAUGAAGAUGAAUGUGCAGAAGCUGGGUGAGAUGAGUUUGGCCGAUGCAGUCUUCCUUUCCGCCGAAAAGGGCGAGAUGACAGCCGAUGAGAAUACCGAGCACAAGGCACCUGCGCAGCUUCACCAAUCACACGUUAUUGUGCCGGCGAAGCUUCGGCUGGUCACACUUGCUUGCUAUCUCAAGUCCAUAUUCUCACGCAAGGGACACACGAUGAAGGUCAUCAUUUUCAUGUCCUGCGCUGAUGCCGUCGAUUUCCACUAUGAGCUUUUACGGCAACCGAACGACAUGGAAGCGCCGCCGGCAAAGGCAAAGGACCUGGAAUUGGUCUCCAAAACUGUUGCUAGAGCAGCAUACAUCACCUCCGCGGCCAGUCCCGAAGUCGUCCUACACAGAAUGCACGGCUCUCUAUCGCAGCCCAUUCGGUCAGCCACGUUGCGCACGUUCUCUGCUUGCAAGUCGCCUUCGGUAUUAAUCACAACCGAUGUGUCCUCACGAGGUCUCGAUAUCCCAUCUGUGGACCUAGUCAUUGAGUACGACCCGGCCUUUAGCUUUGCCGAUCAUAUUCACCGUGUAGGCAGAACUGCUCGUGCCGGCCGCGCCGGCGAAGCCAUGCUCUUUUUGCUACCUGGCAGCGAGGAAGGCUACGUCGAGCUUCUCAAGGCCUCGAGCACGCCUAGCGCGCAGUCUUACGAGUCCAUUCUCAAGAAGGGCCUCAUGUCGAAACUCGAGUUCCCCGUCGAGACAUCUGCCAAGCUGAGCGAGGGGCAAACGUACCAUGACAAGGCUGAGACAAUGCAGCUGCACUUGGAGCAGCGUCUUCUCGAGGACCCCAGACGCCUCGAGUUGGCCCGCAACGGCUUCAAGUCUCAUAUCCGAGCCUAUGCGACGCACAUCAAGGAGGAGCGUGUCCACUUUGACAUUGGGGAACUGCAUCUCGGUCAUAUUGCAAAGAGCUACGCCCUGCGGGAACCGCCCCGUGGCGUCGGCGCCGGCGUUGACAGAAAAGCGCGCAAGGGCGGCAAGGGUGGCAAGGGUGGUAAAAGUAAUGCAGCAGGGGCCAAGGACGAUGAUAAUGAAGGGCCUGUUAACCAGGACGAGGCAAAGAGUAUUCUAAGAAAGAAGGGCAGGAUGCUGAUGUCAGGUGCGGACGAGUUCAACAUUGGUUAA